AUGCCACCACCGAUGCGUCAUCCAGGACAAAAACAAAUUCAAAGACCCCUUCAAGCUGAACUUGCAGCCUUAAACAAUCUUCUUACAGGAGGCAUUUUAGAACACGCUGCUCGAAUUCUUGAACAUUUCGCUGCCACACAAAACAGUAAACUAGAAUCGGAAUCGUAUGACACUCCUUCCUUUCUGACCGAAAAGUUAUUGGACAAAUGCAAUGAAUUUGAAACUGUUUGCGAUCAGACUUAUUAUAUACUGGAACAAUCCAAGCGCGUGCUGCAGUUGGAUUGGCAACAAAGAACAGCGACACAGGAGGAUCAGGCACAACAACAGCGACAGCAAGGGCAGCAACAACAACAGCAUCAGCAAGAGUCGUCUCAAAUGCAUCCUGCUGAGGAUAUGGGAACGGAUCUGUCAGUCACUCAGAACAUGGAUCUGACGUUGGAUGACAUGGAUGACAUGGAUCAUGGUCAACAGCAGCAGCACCAACAAGCAGUAGAACCUAUGGACGAAGACGACAUGGACGAACUAUUGCAACUUCAAAGAGAACGAUUGGACCGGAUACGGAAUGUCAUUGUGCAUGGAGUUGAUGUUGAACAAUUAAAGGAUAGCCAGUCUGGUGGAAAGGACGAUUUAUUAUUUUAA